AUGGCCUACACUCUGGGCUCCACCACUGACGGUCAGACCCGUGUGGGCCCUCAGCACUGUGUCACACGGGUGGAAAUGUCUGUCACCGCCACCAGCCUUUUGGACCGAGAUGUAGCCUCCAAAUCGGACCCCUUCUGCGUUCUGUUCCAUGAGGUGGAUGGGAACUGGGUGGAGCUCGGCCGAACUGAAACAGCUGUGAACAACCUGAACCCAGUGUUUGGAAAGAAGUUCCAGGUGGACUAUCACUUUGAGGAAAUCCAGAAACUGCGCUUUGCCAUGUUUGAUGAAGACAAGUGCGCCACACAGCUCUACGAGCAUGACUUCCUUGGGGAGUUUAUCUGCAAUCUAGGAGUGAUUGUGUCAAAUAAGAAGCUACACAGACCACUAAUCUUGGCCAAUGGGAAACCAGCUGGCAAAGGGUCUAUUACGAUAACAGCUCAGGAGCUGUCUGACAACAGAAUCAUCACUUUAACCCUGAGUGGGCGAAAACUGGAUAAGAAGGAUUUCUUUGGCAAGUCAGACCCGUACCUGGAGUUUCAAAAGCAGGGCGAAGACGGCAAGUGGAUGCUGGUGCACAGGACAGAGGUAAUAAAGAACACUUUAGACCCCUCGUGGAAGUCCUUCACUGUGCCUCUUAUCUCUCUGUGCAACGGGGAUGUGCACAGAAACAUAAAGGUUUUGUGUUACGACUACGAUAACGACGGAGGACAUGACUUUAUAGGAGAGUUUCAGACGACUGUUGCCAAGAUGAGUGAAGCCCAGAAUGGAGUGGAGGUGGAGUUUGACUGCAUCAACCCCAAGAAACAGAAGAAGAAGAAAAGCUAUAAAAAUUCUGGGAUUAUUAUUGUCAAGUCGUGCAAGAUAACAAGAGACUACACCUUCCUGGAUUACAUACUGGGCGGCUGCCAGCUCAUGUUCACAGUUGGCAUAGACUUCACAGCUUCCAAUGGAAACCCCUGUGAGCCCUCAUCCCUCCAUUAUAUCAAUCCACUCGGCAGCAACGAGUACCUAGCAGCGAUCCUGGCUGUAGGACAGAUCAUACAAGACUAUGACACUGACAAAAUGUUUCCUGCGCUGGGUUUCGGCGCCAAACUCCCACCAGACUGGAAGGUCUCACAUGAGUUUGCCAUAAACUUUAACCCCACCAACCCCUUCUGCUCAGGUGUGGAAGGUAUCGCACAGGCGUACUCAGCCUGCCUGCCUCACAUCCGUUUCUAUGGACCCACCAACUUCGCUCCAAUUAUCAACCAUGUAGCACGCUUUGCUGCCCAGGCCCUUCAGCAAGAGAAAGCAGCGCAGUACUUCACUCUCCUCAUCAUCACAGACGGGGUGAUCAGUGACAUGGACGAGACUCGGGACGCCAUCGUCCAGGCGUCUAAACUGCCCAUGUCCAUCAUCAUCAUCGGUGUGGGGAACGCCGACUUCGCCGCCAUGGAGUUCUUGGAUGGAGACGCCAGUGUCCUGAGGUCCAGCACUGGAGAGGAGGCCGUCCGGGACAUCGUGCAAUUUGUCCCUUUUAGAGAUUUCCGCAACGCUCCAAAGGAGACUCUGGCCAAGUCAGUCCUGGCCGAGCUGCCUCAGCAAGUCACCCAGUAUUUCAAACAGAGAAAUCUCCCGCCCGCAAACCCUGCACCUGAGUGAGGCUGCAACAAGCACUGUCCCCUGUACAUUAUCUCGGAAUAUGUAGUUGAUGUUCACUGAAACAGUUCUGAAUGACAUGUGUAAGUCAAGUUGUGGACUGCGCACUGAAGCGAGCCCUGUUGUUUGGUUAAUAUCUAGUGUGAAUUUCUUUGCGUACGCAGCUGUGAUGAUGGUAUGUCCAGCAUCUUGCAGACACUGCCAACAGACUUAAGCAGGAAGAACACUGGCCUCUUUAUGAAACGGAUGGAUCAGAGUUAGUUUGCCUCAUGCAUGUGUGUGUCUGUGAGUCGAUCCUGUGAAAUUGUCAAGUCCCCCUUUCACUGAAAUAAAUCAGUGAAUGAUGCGCUGCUGAGGUCUUUACGUCCUUCAGCACGAGUGUGUGAAUUCAAAAGAGCUGUUUAUUCAUGAAGACCAACCAACUCUUAAGAUUUUGGAGGGUAAAAUUAAAGUUG